UUGUUGAAUUAAUUGAAGAGGUUAAAAUAGAAAGGGAGAAAUUGAAGGAGAUGAAUAAAAAGGAAUUUAAAAAGAGAUGGAAUGAAUAUAUUAUUGGUGAAGUAAAUUACAAACAUAAUAAAGAAUUGAAGGAGAGAUUAGAAGAGGUAAAAAAUGAACAAAAGACUAUUUUGAAAGAGGACUUAAAAGAAUUAAAUAUUAGAAAGGAACAAAUAGUUAAAGAAAUAAAUGAAUGUGAAAUAAAACGUAACAAUUUAAAUUUGUCAAAAAAAUUAAAACAAAAAGUGGAAAAAAGAGAAGAACUAUUGGAAGAAAUAAGAGAUAUAAAAUUGGGAAACAAUAAAGAGCGAAAAGGAAAAUUUAGAAAAAUAACUGAAAUGAUAUUAAAACGAAAAUUUAAAAGGAAUCAAAAGGAAAUCCGGAAAAGAUCUAAAAAGUUUAAUUACAAAUAUGGCAUUGAACGAUUUAGAAAUAGUUUUGAAAUGUUGAAUGAAGAAUAUGACAGUGAAGAUUUAAAUAAGGAAAUCGAAGAGAAUAAUAUAUUUUUAGAUGAAUUACAAGAAUUAGACGAAAAAUAUCCGAAUGGAGAAAUCGGAAAAAUAAAAACUGAAGAAGGUAAAAAAUUAAAAAAAUCCUUAAAGUUAUAUAAGGAUUAUAAGAAAAUAGAGGAGAUUAUAAAACAAUUGGAAAACAAACGUGACAAUUUAGAGGUGUCAAAAAAUUUGAAAAAUAAAAUUAACGAAAAAGAAGAAAUAAUGGAAAAAAUAAAAGAAAUUGAAGACAAUAACUAUAAAGAAAAGAAUGAAAAAUUAGACAAAAUAAGAAAAGAACAAGAGAAAAUAUUGGAGGAGAAGUUAGAAAAGAUAAAAUUUGAAAAUGAUAAAAUUGUUAAAGGAGACCUGGAAGGUGAAGGAAACAAAUGUUGA